AUGACGAGAAUCGGAGUCGGGAAGGGAAAGAUUCCCGAGAUCUUCAACGACUUCUCGACGUACGUGGAGUUCGGAGGCGAAGACUGCGUCCUCGAGGAUGCCAGAGUCAACAUCUCCGACGAAGAACGCAUCACCAUCGUCGUGAGUGUUGCCGCUGCCCCUCUCGACGUCGCCGUCGGUCUCGUUAAACCUCCACCCGUCGACGAAAACCAGAAGGGGUCGGGCGAGGAGGUGAAGUGGCAGCCCCUGCCUCAGGUCCAUGCGUACUCGGUGACCCAGCCGAAGAAGGACUGGCAAUUGAGGGUUCUCAAGAAAUGGCCGUCGUAUCACAUCGCCCAUUCGUUCUCCAUCGUUCCCGUUUCUCGGCGAUACGAACACUUCGACUGGCUCCGCGAGAGACUGGAGGCGAAAUACCCGUUCGUUUCCAUUCCGCCUCUGCCCGACAAACCGAAUCCAGGUGAGGACGAAUCGCUGCCGCUUCUUCGCGUCGUCUUCGACGAGAUCGUUCCGUUUCAUCACGGGGAGCCAGAGUCGACAGAAACUCUUCGUCGGAGGCUGGAGUCGUGGUUGCAGCGGGUCGGGGAGCAUCCCGUCCUCGCCCGCUCCCUCAUAUGGAAGCAUUUCAUCACCUGCAACGACGAGAGGGACUGGGCACGCGGGAAACGGAUGGCCGAAUGGGAUCGGUUCAUCGGAGCCAAGUUCUUUCUCGCCAUCGAUGCUCCCGAAACUCGCCUCUGUCUCGAGAGCGUGGGUCGUCAUGGUGUGUCGGCAGGUCUCGACGACGUCAAGAAUGCACUCACGUUCAUGGGGAAGUCUUAUUGCCGACUUGCCACCUUGUGCGAAAAUCAGCCGAAGACGGACUGGGAGCUGAUGCGGGAGAAGAUUCUGGAGUAUCUCUCCAUGCUGUCUCCCUUUCGUCACAUCUUUCGUCUUCACAAGGUAUUCCUCAUUCGUUCGGAUCGAAUAGGGCUCAGACAGUAUCGAUGCAUGGCUCACCGCAAUGUUGCUCACACGACGGGGGCUGUUGCAAAGAGGAAGGAGUACGAGAGGCUGAGAGCAGAGGGUAAGUGCGAACCUGAGAACGUGGAUGGAGUCCUUCGGCGGGAGGAGAUCGUCUCCUAUGCCGUUCUCGCCGAGAUGGCCCACUUCCGUCAAUUGCUUCACACGGACCUCUACAUUUUCGUCAAGACUCUUCUCAGCGAGCAGAUCGCUUUCUACACCCAGGCUUGGGUCCUUUGGGAAUCCGUAGAAUCUAUAGAAUGCCAUAAAUAA